AUGAAGUUCUCUCCCUCCCUCCUAACCACCCUGGCCCUUUCGGCCAACGUCCUGGCCACCCCCACCCUUGAGGCCCGCAGCCCAACCCGCGUCGAGCGCGACCUCGCCUCCAUCACCGGCGUCCUGUCCGGCAUCAGCGACAAGGUCGGCACCCUGCACACCGCCAUCAACAACUACAACGGCGGCGACACGCAGCCCGUCGAGUCCGCCUCGGACUCCCUCGUCGACACCAUCAACGCCGGCACCACCAAGGUCAACGGCGGCGAUGAGUUGAGCAGCAUGGACGCCCUGGGCCUCCAGCAGCCCGUCUCCGACCUCAAGGACAAGAUCCAGUCCACCAUCUCCGAUCUCAACGGCAAGAAGCAGCAGAUCGUCGCCGCGGGCAAGGGCUCGCUGACCUACAACGAUCUGCAGAAGCAGAAGGCCGCUGCUCUCAAGCUUUCCGACGCGAUCGUCUCCAAGGUCCCUGACAACCUGCAUGAUAUCGCGCACUCCCUUGCCUCUGGUAUCUCGGAUGCUAUUCAGAAGGGUGUCGAGGACUUCCAGGAUGUCGCCAAGUCGAACUCUGCUAACAAGGUUGCCAAGGCGCCUGUGAGCACUGCUCCUACUCCUGCUGAGACUUCCUCGAGCACGGCACCUGUUUCUUCGCGGGCUGUUAAGCCUACUUCGUCUUCGCUGUUUAAGGCUCCUGCUACUUCGUCUGCUAGCAGCAGCGUUGCCGCUUCGAGCAGCAUUGCGCCUCAGUUCACUGGUGCUGCUUCCGUUAACAAGAUGAGUGGUCCUGUUGGUGCUCUGGCUAUUGCUGCUAUGGUUAUGGCUUUCUAA